UCAGAUAUCCAAACACCGUCACGGUCAUGAUUUCCAUUGUUUAAACUUAAUGAAUUAUUAAUGAGGUUGAGAACUUUUGAUAACAGGUGACGACCAUCAGCAGAAUGUUUCUUUUAGAUUGUUUUCCUGUACGGUAAGGACCCUAAUGUGACAGCCAUGAUGAAUAAAAUAGACCUUGCUAUUCUACCUGUCUUAAAUGUUGACGGCUACGCCUACACCUGGACUAAAGACCGUUUGUGGCGAAAGAACAGAAGCCCCAACAAAGGAUCUACGUGUUUUGGUACAGAUUUGAAUAGAAACUGGCAAGUUGGAUGGGGAGGUAACUUAGAUUGUCUUUCUUAUAGAAAUUUAGUCUUACAUUUCUUUUAUAAGAGUUCGAUUAAUUGUUGGGCUAAUGUGUAUUUAGCUCCAGGAGCGUCUGAUAAACCAUGCAAUGGCGUUUACCAGGGCUCAUCAGUCAUGUCUGAAAACGAGGUUCAGAACGUGGAUCGUUUCUUGAAAUCCGAGCAGAAAAGGCUUGUGGGAUUUCUUGAUGUGCAUAACUACAGUCAAAUGUGGAUGAUUCCUUGGGGAUAUGCCAAGGAAAAUGUUAAAGACUAUGACGAACUCGUGAGUAAUUCUACUAUACACUAUCUAUUAUAUUUAUGUUUUGGGACCUUCCAGGAUUAUGUGUACGGCUCAUUGGGAGUAAAAUAUGCGUUUGCAGUAGAGCUACGUGACAAUGGACAUUAUGGAUUCCUUCUUCCAGCAUCUCUUAUAGAGCCCACGGCAAAGGAAUUGUUUGAGGGACUAAAAACCAUGGUGUGGGAAAUGAAGCUAAAUUCCUGACACCAAACCACUGGGUGCGCGGUACAGUGUUAGAAAUACUGAAUCCUAUGAGAAAACUUUUUUUGUCAAGAGAUUUCCUAUCCUGGGGACAUCUCCUAAGAUAUCACUCUUGAAUGGAAACACC